AUGGGGAAAUCAGAAGCUUUGCCUGAUGGGUAUUCGUAUUCUUAUGUUAUUAAUGGUUGUACAAAAGGGGGCUUGUUGAGUGAAGGUCGAAUGGUUCAUGGGAAGGUUUGGAAACAUGGGUUCUGCUCAAAUGUGUUUGUUCAGACUAAUUUGUUGAAUUUGUACUCUUCUUGUGGAGGCGAGGAUGGUGUUAGUAAUGCGCAAUAUGUGUUUGAUGAAAUGGGUAAGAGAAGCAUUGUGACUUGGAAUUCAUUGCUUUCGGGCUUUUUUAGGUGCGGGGAUGUUGAUGGGGCACGUCGAAUAUUUGAUGAGAUGCCGGAGAGAAAUGUGGUUUCUUGGACGACCAUGAUUGAUGGAUGUUUGGGAAAUGGGAGGUGUGGGCAAGCAUUGGCUCUGUUUCAUCAGAUGCGCAGGGCCCAAGUGGAACCUGAUCAGGUUACCUUGGUGGUGCUGCUCUCAGCAUGUGCUGAAUUGGGUGAUUUAAAUUUGGGGAGAUGGAUUCAUCGGUAUAGCUUUGAGAUUCUGAGCGAUGGAAAACAGCCAAAGCUGCUCUCAUUGAACAAUGCGUUGAUUCAUAUGUAUGCUAGCUGUGGUGUAACGAAUGAUGCUUAUAGAGUAUUCAAAGAGAUGCCACAGAAAACAACAGUUUCUUGGACUAGUAUGAUCACAGGCUUUGCAAAACAGGGGUAUGCAAAAGAGGCUCUUAAAUUAUUCCACGAAAUGGAUAGGUUGAGAGAAAGCAAUGUUAAACCUGAUGAAAUGACAUUCUUGGGUGUGUUGUCUGCUUGCAGCCACACUGGUCAUGUUGACCAGGGAUGGCGCUAUUUCUGCAGUAUGAGUCAAACAUGGGGUGUUGAACCAAGGGUUGAACAUUACGGGUGCAUGGUUGAUGUCUUGAGUCGAGCUGGAUUAUUAGAUGAAGCAGUUGAGCUUGUUAGGACUAUGCCUAUGAAACCAAAUGAUGUAGUCUGGGGUGCUCUUCUUGGUGGCUGUAGGAUUUAUAAAAAUGUGGAACUUGCUUCUCAUGUGGAUAAAAUGUUGGACAUGGAGCUUGAACCUGACAGAGCUGCAGGGUAUUGCAUGCUCUUGUCAGAUGUAUAUUCUACCGCUAGAAGGUGGCAGGAAGCACAUACUGUAAAACAGAAGAUAGUGGAGAUGGGAGUGAGAAAGCCUUCAGGUCGAAGUUGGGUUCAGAUAAAUGGAGUCCUUCAUGAUUUUGUGGUCAAUGACAGAGCGCACAAGCAUUCACAUUUGAUCUAUGAUAUGCUUGGUUUGAUAAGGAAAGAAAUGAACUUGCAUGGUUACUAG